GUCCGACACGCGAUGAUCAUGACAUGUCACAAGCCUCGACUCUAGCUGGCGGCCUGAUGAACUUGCUUUCCAGGCGCUAGUCCGUGGCCAGAAUGCCCCCUCGUGGCAGGCCUAAGAAGCCACGCAUCACGCCGGCAGAUGCAGAGAAUGCUCGACAAGCUCGCUUGGCAGAAUAUCAGGGCAUACUCGCUCAAUCCGGGCAGCCUGAACCAUCAAUGCCUGGCCAGUUCCCCGACGAUGGGCAGACAUCGAUGAGUGCAGACUCGAGUGACGAGGCAUACUUUGCGAGACUGUACGCUGGCUCAAUCUACCAUGCACCUACCUUUAAAUACGACCUCGGCAAGUCGAGACACAUCGCAGCCCGACCGGUGCCUCAGCAUGUACCUGAUAAGGCCGAGAGGAUACAGGCAUACCUCGCCCAGCUACACGCCAGCCGGAUGGAAGCAGCGCCACCCACUAAGAUCAGACGAAUCGACAGCGGUCCUGCUGUUCCUUCAGACUUUCCGCGCGCUCGACCCAAGCCUGCCGCCGGCUUAUCGUCCCAUCCACAGCAGACUGCACACGAAACUUCGGAACCGAAGAGGGUGUCAGAGUCACUUGCCGGGGCAGAUUACAAUGUUCGAUUGGAACACCUUCGUCAGCAGGCAAAGGCGUCUGUCAGACCCAUCCCCAGCGUCGAGCCUGUCGAAUCUGCACCGUUCCCAGCUUCAACGAGCCAUGGUGGCGCAGUUCAACCAACGCACGAGACAGCGCGCGCACGAGAGCAGGCUAGACUGCAGAGAGCGCAAGCGCGCGCUCAAGCUCUUGGCCUCGUCGAGCCUGCUAUCGCUACAGCCAACAUCCCGUCCGCAAGCACGUCUACCAAUGUCGCCCAUCGGCACCUUGAGAAUGCUUUCCAUCCGAGUCUGGGCAUUUACUUCCGGAAGAGCGCGGUCAGACCGACAUUCAACGCUUUCCAUCGCACAACAGAGGAUGCGCUGUCACUCCAGGACAUCAUCGGACCCAAAGAUCGCAUCGAGAAGCUCGUCAUGUCUUCAUACGCGACCGAUCUCGAUUGGCUCGUAGCCCAUGUCUUGCCGCCUGAAUUGGGCAAGCAAGUCCUUUUGGCCUUGCCCGGGCCGGCAGAUGCGCCGAUCACGUCUUUUGUGCCGAAUCAUCCGCACAUCAAGCUGCACUGCCCUCCAGUCUGCCGAACGUCUGGCGCCAUGCAUAUCAAGCUCAUCCUCGUCGUCUACGAUGACUUUUGCAGAGUAGCAAUACCGACGGCCAAUCUUGUCCCGUAUGAUUGGCAACAGAUCGAGAAUGCCGUCUGGAUACAAGACUUUCCUCGUCAAGGCAGUUUGGCAAAGCCAACGCGGUUUGCGCAGACGCUCCACACGACCCUGCGGCUUCUUUGCAUCGAAGAAGACUCACGCAAUGCAGUCCUGCCGCUCGAUGUCGACUUUUCGGCCGGCAUAUCAGCUCGCAUGAUCCUUAGCACGCCCGGCUCAUCCAGUAGCGAGCCUAACGGCCACAAGCUUCUUGGCCAAGCCCUGCAAGACUUGCAUCUUCUGCCCGCUCGUGAUCAAGAUGUACGGCUCGAAUGUCAAGGCUCUUCUAUAGGCGCACUCAAUGACGAAUGGCUGCUCGAGUUCUAUUCCUCGAUCUGCGGCCGUCCGGUCCGCACCAUGUUUCCCAAGGUGCAGACUGCAAACUUUGAACCUCUCCGGACGCUGUUCCGCAUCGUCUUUCCGACUCUUCGCAACAUCGAAAAUACGCAUCUUGGCACAGCAGGCGGCGGGACACUGUUUUGCAAUCGAUCUACCUGGGAGAAUCGCCAUUUCCCGAAGGAAUGCAUGCGCCAAUCGACUAGCAAACGAGCUGGCGUUGUCAUGCACACCAAGAUGAUCUUGGCACAAUUCCGCAUGUCUCGGCAUGCCCAGUCAGAUCGACCACCGGGCUGGCUCUACGUCGGCUCACACAACUUUACGGCUGCCGCCUGGGGCAAAUCGACAGCAUCGAGCUUCAAAGUCAGCAAUUGCGAGCUUGGUAUAGUGAUGGCUCUGUCGCCUGGCGAGUUCGACAAGCAAGCCGACUUGCUGGUCACUUGGAAGCGGCCCCUCAGACCGUACGGCGGUGAUGACGUUCCCUGGUUUCAGCAUGAACAUCGAUGAGGAGCCAGCCGAGGAUAUUGUCUUUAUCUUGCUCUUGUCAGAGCAUGUUCAGAUGAACGGCCGGUGAUCGCGGUAUUGCUUGCCUUGUGGCAUCAGUGCUGGCUCUCUGGUGAGCUCAACUGUUCCAUCUGGUCUGACGGUGGCAAUCCGUGUGACCUCCUCACUCACUUCUCUCGUGUCUCUGCGGUCCAGCGUAGGCUGCCUUGUCAUGAGAAAGACUCGCCAGAAUGACGUACACUCGACUCGAGCUGUGCCGUCGACGUCUCUGACGGGCAAGCAUGAGAACUGUGGGAUCUUGAGGAAUCUCCUCGGCUCCUCUGUCGUCAUCACCUUGGUACUCGGG